CAAUUCUCGAACUUUUUCACUCUCCCAAAGGGCACGUCCAACUCGCCAUUUGCGCAACAUCAUAGCCCAUAUCCACAAUGGCUUCCGUAUACAAGACCCUGUCCGGCAAAGAUGGCCAUGAGAAAGAGCCCGGAGAGAAGAGAAACAAGCAGCGCGUCCUCAUUCUGAGCUCAAGAGGCGUUACCUUCAGACAUCGUCAUCUACUAAAUGACCUGUACUCUCUCAUGCCCCAUAGCCGGAAAGAGGCAAAACUCGACACCAAGACCAAGCUCUACCAGCUGAACGAACUCGCGGAACUCUACAACUGCAACAACGUCCUCUUCUUUGAAGCCCGCAAAGGCCAGGAUCUCUACUGCUGGAUGUCCAAGCCCCCCAAUGGACCCACCGUAAAAAUGCACCUGCAAAAUCUGCACACCAUGGAAGAGCUCAACUUCAUCGGAAACUGCUUAAAAGGAUCGCGGCCCAUCCUCUCCUUCGACGCAGCAUUCGAAAAGCAGGCCCAUCUCCGCGUCAUCAAGGAACUUCUUACCCAAAUCUUUGGCGUGCCCAAGACGAGCAGAAAGGUGAAGCCUUUCGUGGACCAUGUCAUGGGCUUUACUGUUGCAGACGGCAAGAUCUGGGUCCGCGUCUACCAGGUCAAUGAGAGCGAGACGAGCAGGAAGAAGCCCACCAAGGAUGGCGACGAGGUUGAUGUCGAUGCUCUUCUCAAGAAGAAGAGCGGCAAGACCGACUUCGACGUCAGCUUAGUAGAGAUUGGCCCGCGCUUCGUCCUCACGCCCAUCGUCAUCCAGGAGUCGAGUUUCGGAGGCCCCAUCAUCUACGAGAACAAGGAAUUCGUAUCGCCCAACCAGAUCCGUUCCGACUUGCGCCUGUCAAAGGCUGGCAGGUUCAAUAGGAGGACUGAAGCGGUAAAAGACUCAAAGGCCAAGCACGCCGAUCUCGGACUCACGUCGCAUGGUGGACGCAAGCAAGAAAAGGAUCCUCUCAGCGACCAGGUGCUAUUUGCAUAGAUUGUUCAAGCAAAAGUUGGGAAAAGCAUGGCGUUUCAAGGUUAGGUCUUGUAGGUUUGUCGGCGCAGGUUAGGUGGGCAUGUACAGUGUCAAGCUAUAGAAUAAUCCACUAUACCCAUAGUUCUCAUUCAGACUUUGGCCCAUUGUACGUAAUUUACUCACACUGGAUUAAGGCAUGCAUGAUAAAUCAAACUGAAUUCGUAUUACAACAUGGUUGCAAUUAGGGGCUUGAAACACUCCCGCAAUGCUCUUGCUAAAUGCAAAUGCUCAAAAUGACGCCAAACUCCAAGACACUAACCAACGACAAUUGUCCUUGAGCUAAAGGCAUGGACAUCUGAUGUCCAUCCUCUCCCCAUCUUCAUCCAUCCAGGUACCUACUCGAGGAACAACUCAUCUAAACCAUCUUCGUCAUCCUCGGACAACGCUGUGUUAUCCACCUCACCAUUCACAACCC